AUGUCCAAAUCUGUAUUGGUACCCGAAUGUAAACCCCCAGAAGAAGAUGUAAUUGAUAUUACACCAGCUUUACAAGAGCAGUUAAAUGAGCGAAUGAAUGCUUUAGCAAGUACUUAUACAGCAUAUAAAUCACAAAUUGAAUUAUCUGGUGAAAAAUAUACCCUUGAUCCCGCAGUUCGAUCAAAACUUUUUGCAGAAUUUGACGAGUUUAAUAUUAUAAUUUGUGGUGCACCACGCGUAGGAAAGUCAACGUUAAUUAAUACAUUAUGUGAUCGGAAAGUAGCUCGAACACAUCCUAGUAUCAUGUACAACAAACUUACUCGUUCUUUUUUAAAAGAAAGACGUAAAAUCGACGAUUCAGAAAUAAUUGAAUAUAUAUAUAAUUUUUGGGAUACACCUGGUUUUGAGUCCUGGUCAAAGAAUGAUAUACAAGCAAAAGUAAAUCGAACAAUAAAUAAACCAAAAUGUGCUAUAUUAUGUGUGAUUUGUUGUGCAUCACCUGGAUCAUUUGCUGUUACAAAACAAUUAGAUUGGAUAUUAAUUUUUUGUAUAGUAAAGCAUAUAUUCUGUGCUUUAGUUGUUUCGAAUCCAUGGGCUGGGUCAGAGGAACAGUGUACUGCUGUGUUAGAAAAAUUUAGAGAAUUAUUAUCGGUACAUCAUAAACAAACAAUACAAAACAUGAUAAGUGGUUUGUGCGAUGGUUAG